AUGUGCAUCGCCAUCCUCAGCGCUGCACACCCAGACUACCCCUUCAUCUUGCUCAACAAUCGCGAUGAAUACCUCCACCGCCCAACAGCCGAAGCAACUUGGUGGCCGGAACCAGACGCACAAGUCCUAGGAGGCUACGACCUGCAUCGCCCCGUGCACGGGACCUGGCUCGGUCUCACGCGCCAGGGCCGCAUUGCCGUGCUCACCAACUACCGUGAGGAAGACCAAGCCAUCGUGCAAGGCGCACGGAGCCGCGGCGUAAUCCCCAACGCGUGGCUGAAGAGCACGCCAACCUCUUCGCAAACGGCGGAAGACUUUGCGCGGCAGAUGAUCGAAGAAGACGGCGUCGAAGGCGUGGGCGGCUUCUCGCUGUGCUACGGCUUCGUGCAGGACGUCGUCAACCGCGGGACCGGACUCGUAGUCGUCAGUAACCGCAUGCCCGACGUCGACGGCGUGGUGCAUCUCCUGCGCCGUUCGGACGAGACUACGGCGCUCAGCAACGCUGCAUACGGCGACCGCUCGUGGCCCAAGGUCGUCAACGGGGAAGCAUGGACGGCUGCCGCGAUUCGGGAGUCUGUCGAGAAGAACGAGACGCGCGACCAGCUCGUCGAACGCUUACUCGCUAUCCUAUCUAUAGACACCAUGUCCCGCCAGAAAGCAGACGAGGAGUGGGACAUGUACCUUACGCAGCUGCGGCACAGCAUCUUCAUCCCCGCCAUUGGCCGCGAACAUCUAGAGCUGCACAAGAUGCCGUCCCACGAGGUGGGUGACGUGGUCAAGGAGAAGGCGCCUGAUGCUACGAGUGGGUGCUACGGAACGGGCAAGCAGAGCGUUAUCCUUGUGGAUAAGCAGGGCAAGGCGUUUUAUUUGGAACGGACGCUGUUUGAUAGCGAUGCGCAGCCCGUUGCGAGGGGGGAGGGGGACCGUGUGUUUGAAUUCCAGGUCGAAGGGUGGUGA